AUGGAUUCUAAAAAUGUAUACUCUGAUGGUUACAGAGCAAACAAAGAUGAUAUAGCAAAACUUCAACAUUGUUAUUUGGGAUUUCAGCAUGCAGCCAGUAUUCAUGCUAUGGCUCAGCUUCGUAUUCCUGAAAAGUUGGGUACCAAUUUGAAUUGUAAACGUUCCGCUUUUGAUUUGGCAAAUGAAAUAGGUGCAAAUCCCGUAUACCUCGAAAGAGUGAUGCAUACUCUCUCCCUUAAUGGUUUCUUCACUGAGGUUCCAGGUUAUGAAAUAGGAAAGAGAGUGUUCCAACAUAAUCAUCUAUCUCUGACAAUGGCUGAUCCCUAUAUCAGAGAUGAAGUAUUGCUCAUGGGUAGUCUUACUUUCUACAGAUCAUAUGAAACUCUUGCAGAUAGUAUUAUGACUGGUCAACCUCAAAGUGGGAAAGCUUUGAAUUGCAAUAAUAUUUGGGAGUUUAUCCAAAAGAAUCAAGAUCAAGAAAUCAUUUUCUCAAAGGCAAUGACAUCCAUUUCAAUUAGACAUUCACCAUAUUUAGUUUCACUAAUAGAUUUUUCUAAAUUUGAUACCAUUUGUGAUGUUGGUGGUUCUGAAGGAAUUAUGCUAUUUGAAAUUUUAAAACUAUACCCAAGUGUCAAGAAUGUAAUUAAUUUUGAUUUACCAACUGUUUUACAAAACUUGGAAGGUAUUCAUCAUAGACAAUUGAAAUUAGAUCAAAGAUACUCUGAAAUUCAAGGUAGUUUCUUUGAUGGUGUUCCAGAAGCAGAUUGCUAUAUUUUGAAAACAGUAAUUCAUACACUAAAUGAUGAACAAUCAAAGUUAGCUUUAAUGAACAUCUCCAAAAGCAUUAGACCCAAAGGAAAAGUUUUUAUAAUUGAUUUAAUUUUAGAUGAAGAAUCAAAAUUAAGUGAAAAAUAUUCAUCUAUUUUGGAUAUUCAUAUGUUACAAUUAUGUGGAGCAAAAGAAAGAUCAAUUAAAGAAUGGAAAGAGUUGUCAAAUGGUACACCUUUAAAGUUUGAAACAAUAAUCUAUUCAAAUCAAAUCAAUUGUCAAAAUAUUAUUGUAUAUUCGAUGGAAUAA